ACGAUGUCGCGUCCGGCGUGGCGACGCCCUCGAAAAUUCCGAACCGACGAGGGAGGGGAUCAGGGGACCCGUUCCGCGAUAAACGCACUCGCCCGCUCCCCGUCGCUCUCCCACGCCGACGCCCGCCCGCCCUCGGAGAUUCAGCCGUCCGAUCCCGCCGCAGGAAUCGCCGAUUACACCGGAACUAAGGUUCUGCCAUGAGUCCUGUGGCUUCCUGUCCUAUGCAUGCCAUUCAUCUAUCGAUCGUAGUUUUGUUGGCAGCUACCUACAUGCAUGUAGUAGCCACUGCUAUCAUCGUGGUUCCAAGUUCUAAUUGUUAUACCUUUGACAACGAGAGCCGCCUUAUUGAUUUUACACAUCUGGUCGGAAAGGAAUAUGAAUACAAUGAACAGGGCUCACAACCGUCUGAUUUGGUUGUUGAGUUCUGCAAAGAUGUGCAGAGAAGAUCUCAAGAGGGUUACAUUGAAUUUGGACGUUUUGUUAGUUCUCGCUCCUUUCUAUUUGGUUCAGGGUCUACUGACUAUAUUCAGAAAUUCCAUGAUGGAGAUUUAGUGCACUGUGAAACUACCUUCGAAAAGAUGGGUCGUACAGCACAGGUAAACAUCAUAUGUGGACGUUGCUCAAAUAAAGUGUGCAGAGAUGAACAAGGAUGCAUUUGUAGCAUAUCUUAUGAUGAAAGGAUGUGCAGGGUGCUUGUUGAACUUGCUAUUCCUUGUGCUAAAAGUGGUCCUAGAGUAUUCAAGGGUUUCACUGUGGGAUUCCAUCCCAGAUCAUCAGAAAUUGUUUAUAAUGGAUUGACUCAGCUGGGAUUUGAGCAACUCCAUCAUGGAUUUAGCUUUCAAACUGAGCAGAUUCAUGUGUCCCUGUAUCUUAGUGCUAUGUCUUCCCUCGCAGACCUGGUUGGAAAACCUACCUUCAAGGUUAAUCCAGCGAAAGGGCUUAGUGUUACACUUACAGGAUCAGGUCUCAAUGGUGCCAUGCCUACUACCCUGUCUCCUACAGUUCUGAAUGUGGAUUGGAGAUGUGAAAUUGCUCGAAGCAGUCCGUAUGAGGUCAAUAUUUUGAUCCCAGUUGAGGGCUAUGAUCCAAUUGAGUUUACACUUACCAAAAAAUGUGGUUAUGCACAAGAAAAGGAGAGUGAUCCCAUGAAAGGCUGGGCAACAUUUGGAAUUAUUUCAUGCAUCUUCAUUGUCUUAUCAACUCUACUUUGUUGUGGAGGGUUCAUCUACAAAACCCGCGUGGAGCAUCUGUAUGGUUUAGAUGCACUGCCUGGGAUGGCCUUCUUAUCUGCCUUUCUGGAUGCUGCUGGUAGACCAAGAGGCUACUUGCCAGCAGACAAUCCUAGUGAAAGUCAUGCAAGCCAGGCGUCUUGGGAACACACACCUGGUACCACACAAGCAGCACAGAGGACAAAUGAUAGGGCAUAUGGAUCAAUAUGAACUAAAGCAUCUGUAGUUUUGAGGAUUAUUUCUUGCAGAUGCCUGGUGCUUGGAUGGUUCAGAAUCCUGAAGAAGCCAGCUUACUGCAGCAUAGAAGCAGCACAGGAAUCCAACUCUCACGAAGUCCCUUUUUUCCGCGAUCUAGGAUUUGUUCCAAAUCGUGUAUUUUCUGUACGAGUACGCAUUGAUCUCCUACCAGCCGCAAGUAGUUAGAGCAGUUUGUAGACCUCCCGGACGGAAUUUCUCGCUUCCAAUCCAACAAAAUUUCUUCA